AUGGGUGGAGCAAGGAGUGAAUCUUCUCAUGAUCUGCUUCUGCAGGACACCCUUGGAAUUGGAAGCUACAACAAGCUCUACAGCUUCAAAUACCUUGUCAAUGGAUUUGCUGUGCACACCACUGCUUCUCAGGUUAAGAAACUGAAGGAUCUUCCAGGAGUGAAGAUGGUGGAGAGGGAUAGAAGGGCCAAACUGAUGACUACCUACACUCCGCGCUUCCUCGGUUUAACUGCUGACAAUGACAAUGACGGUGACGAUGAUUUGGCAAUUAAGACAGUGAGAGGGGCAGGGGAGGAGAUGGUGAUUGGUUUCGUGGAUUCAGGGAUCGACCCAAGGCAUCCCAGUUUCGCUUACCAUCAUCCUAAGUUACCCUUACCAUCUCCUUCUCAGCGCCAAUUUCCCGGGGUAUGUGAGGCAGGCCCUCAUUUCCCGUCCAGUUCUUGCAAUGGCAAGAUUGUGUCAGCUAGAUUCUUUUCUGCUGGGGCUCGUUCCAUCGCUACUCUCAACACCUCUCUCGAUUUCCUGUCACCUUUCGACGCUGUUGGGCAUGGCACGCACGUUGCAUCAACUGCUGCUGGGAAUGCUGGAGUUCCAGUGGUGGUGAACGGCUUCCAUUACGGACGAGCCAGUGGGAUGGCACCUCAAGCCCGAAUCGCCGUCUACAAGGCUGUGUACCCAACUGUGGGGACCCUCGCCGAUGUGAUUGCUGCCAUGGAUCAAGCCAUCCAUGAUGAAGUAGACGUAUUGGUGGUGUCGGUUGGACCAGACACUCCGCCAGAGGACACCGACGUGACAUUCCUAAGCGUGUUCGAUGUGACCAUGCUAUUUGCACGACGUGCUGGCGUGUUCGUUGUUCAGGCUGCCGGAAACCUUGGACCUGAUCCUUUCACAGUAGUCUCCUACAGCCCUUGGGCUGUGGGUGUGGCUGCUUGCCGCACUGACCGAACUUACCCCGCCUUUCUCGUCCUAGGAGACGACGUUGAUGUGCACCAAUUUGUUAGCGGUGUCGGCCUAUCAGCACCCACGUUAGGAUCGUUUCUGCUGGUGUUGGCUAGGGAUGCAGUGAUGCCCAACGGAUCUUUCCCAAGGACACCACCCUACGUUGAUGAAUGCCAGCAUCCUGAGGCCUUGGACCCGUCCCUCGUCCAAGGGCGCAUUGUUUUAUGCACCUUCUCGGCUGGCUUCUAUGACCAAACCUCCACCCUGGCCGCCAUAACUCAAACUGCUGCACACCUGGGAUUCAUGGGGUUUGUUCUUGUUGCGAAUCCUGCUUAUGGAGAUUUCAUUGCACAACCUAUCCCAUUUGAUGCUCCAGCCGGCAUCAUCAUCCCAAAACUCGCCGACACCCAGACCGUGUUAAGGUACUACGAGCAGCACAUCAGCAGAGAUGAGAUGGGACACGUGACCGAGUUCCAUGGACGAGCAAGUAUAGGAGAAGGCAGAGUUGCGAAGUUCGGAGGGAGAGCUCCAAUUGUGAGCAGGUUCUCCUCGAGGGGACCUGAUUAUGCUGAUGCCCAGAGCCAGAGCCGUCAAGCUGCUGAUGUGCUGAAGCCAGAUAUUCUUGCGCCAGGAGAUCAAGUAUGGGCUGCAUGGAGCCCCCUCAGCGUGUUGGAGCCGUUACUAGUUGGGUACAGUUUCGCGCUGCUAUCUGGGACAAGCAUGGCGACUCCUCAUGUUGGAGGAAUAGCAGCGCUCAUCAAGCAAUGCCAUCCUUCCUGGAAUCCUUCCAUGAUCGCAUCUGCCAUUUCCACCACGGCCUCCAAGUAUGACUCCCAGGGGGACCUCAUUUCGGCAGAAGAGCCCGACCUUUAUGGUGUUCAUCCUUCCACCUACUUCGGAUUUGGUGCAGGCCUCAUUAAUCCUGCCCGGGCGCUCGAUCCAGGCCUCGUCUUGUCGUCGAAGUUUGAAGAUUACAUCGACUUCCUGUGCUCCCUGUCCAGUGUCGAUUGGGUCAAGGUCAGGGCUGCUACUGGAGCGUCGUGCAGUCGACCAUUGGCUCACCCAGCUGACCUCAACCUCCCAUCGGUGACCAUCUCUGCGUUGCGAGUUGGACAGCCUGUACAAAUACAGCGGAGUUUCACGAGCGUAGGCAGCAAACCUGAGACAUAUCUCUGCUCCGUCUUGUCCCCAAAUGGAACAUCAGUAACGCUCUCUCCGACUUGGUUCAGAAUCGCUCCAAUGGAAACUCAAGCGAUUCACAUGGAGUUCAAUGCCACACAAGCACUGAAUGCAUUCAGCUUCGGCGAAAUUGUUUUAACUGGAAGUUUGGAUCACAUCGUCCGACUUCCACUGUCGAUUCAUCCCGUUCUUCCAACGUUGUAA